AUGACGAGAGGAGUGAGAGGUGAGCCGACCAUGUUUGGACUGCAAUUUCAUGCGGCGAAGGAAAACAAGAUCGAAGUGAGGAAAAACGGCCUCCCUCUCUGCAUCUCUGCCUACGGUUAGACGGUCAGCAGACUGUUACAUGCAUGACGCAUCGGAUGCGACUGGUCUUUUAGCCUUAGUAGAUCCAACUCCUCAGCCAGAAGCUGUAUCCUCCAGUGUCCCUGGUCUGUGGACCAGCGCUUUGCUCGGCCAUGGUUCGAUGGUAGGUCUAAUAAUUCUUGAUAACUUGGGAAUCAUCUUCAAGAUCCUUUCAAAUGGUUUCGCUUUUUUAAAAUUUUGCUCAUCCACGGAAGAGCGGUGCGGGACUAAUAAACUGUUUCUUUCACCUUUCACUGAAUCGAAUCAUUGUAUUUUUCUUUUCUCGUUCAAAGCUAAUUCGAUGCGAGUGGCGAAUCAGAUACAGGGGUUCUCUCUAGGGAUUUUUAGUAUUCUUAAGUGACUUCUUCGUCUAACUUCCUGUUAUUCCAUAUUUUGUGGGGACCAUCCCGGGGCUAUCUUGAUUGGCGAGGGCUGAGAAAGCUCUAGAAAAAAGUUGUAGGAUAGCCUACCGAUUGCUAUCUCACGGCGUAUCCUAUUUACUGACUGACUGUGUGGAUUGACCUUUGAAAGUGAAUUUUCCUGAUAUCUGACUCAUUUAAUGAGGAAUUUUUCUCUUUUUCUCACUGUUUCGAUCUAUUUUGUGAAUUCCUAUUUUUUUGGUUAUGACCAUUUCAAUUACGCAUCAUUUUUCUUUCACUCGGGCUCUUUUUCUUACUUCCCAUUCUUCAUUCUCGGUUUUACUCUUUCAAAACAUUAUUCAACUUGAUGAUUCUUGUUUCAAAAAUGCUUCCCCUGGCAUUUUUCCCAUUUCCUAUGUAAUUGGUCGAAUUAUUAUUUGAUCCAUGAACAAUAUUUCAAUAUCAAAGGCACAAAGGUCCCAAGCCUGUGUUGACUCCUAUAUUUUCAAGCUUCUUCAAAAAAUUUUGCUGGAUUUUUUAAAGCCAUUCAAGUCGUGCAUGUGGCUCUUCGCUUCGAUAUCUUUUCAGAUUUUUCUUUGCUUGUUAAAACUCCAGCAAGUGUUUUUGAAUGAGUCGCAUAUUGUUAGGACUCAACAUUUGAUCGUCACUCACCUCUUCCACUGGCGCAACGCGCGGCGGGGAAAAAUUUUGACCGACGUGAAGUCAUGUCUAUGGCGCUAACGUCUUAGCCUGCAAUGAAUCGAUUGAUCCAACUUCGACGUUCCUAUUCUUAUCGAUACUCCAGGUUUUCCUUCCUCUUUCCUCUACGCUCCAAAACCUGCCUAUAGUUCGUUCACAACAGCUUUCUGCGUAGUGAGUAUUGAAAAGAGAAAAUAAAAACUUUGUGUCCGUAAUUUUUAUCAGUCUUUAAUCUUAUACCCAAAAAGAUGAUUUGAAUGAACUAUCCUUCUUUCAUAUUUUGAAUGUGAAAAAAAAAACAUAGAGGACGGCUUGAAUCGAUAAUUCAUAGUGUGUCAGCGGGACGGAACUGGUUUUUCUUGUCUAUUUUUUCUCCCCUUUUUUCAAACUUUUCAUUAAACGAUUUGUAGUCCAAUCAAAAGAAAUUUUUGCUUCUUUUUCAAGCAGGGUGGAGCUUAAAUUCUAAGUCUUUUUGAAAGUCCUUGGUGGUUUUUAAAAGUUUCUUAUGACCAAGCAAAUUUCUCUAAAAAACGGAAAACAACUCCUAGCUUCAUGCCCUUUUUGAGAAUGGUCUUUGAAAAGGCUAAUAAUACCGUUUUUCUUAGGAAGCUAAUCUAAAAAAAAUCUUUUUUUAUUUUUAUCAUGAUUUUUUUCUGCUUUCCAUUAUUUUUCUAGAACAAACGUUAUUUCGAUAUUUCUUGAAAUUGUUUUUUUCUCUUUUUGUUUCUGCGAAUCCACAAACUUCUAAAGGCAGUGAACGUUCGAGACAAUAAUGUUUCUCCGCUGCCUUUGCGCGAAGUUAAAGCUUCUCUCAAGAAAAAAUAAAUAAAACUUUUUGGCAAGUUCAAAUACACAUUCGGAAUGCUGAAAAACGGCUCUACCCAUUAUUAUAUCAAAAAUUAUGUAUCACUGGGCCAAAUAAUUCUAAAAAACCCUUUUUCGAUGUGUGAAUUUUAAAUACAGUAAAAUUUCGCAGCAAAUUAUAAAUAGAUUGAGUUUGUUCAUUACAAAAAACUUAACAUAGGGAAACGAAGAAUUUUCAGGGUUCAAGAGUCGGGUGCAGAUCAGAUAGAGUUGCUGCGAAACGAGGAUAACGAGGAUGGAAGUGACUCAGAAUCGGUCCGAGAUGACGACUACGACUACUAUGAAGAAGAAAAGCCCGCUAGGAAGGAAACAACCAAGGAAUUCAUUCAAAGUAACUUCUUGAAACUCCGAAACCAUUCAAUUUUUUUCUAAUUUGAGGACAAUACCGGAACUUGGUGCAUUUCUUCGUGGAAGACUGGUUCAUCUCCGCUAUGCUUGGAAUUAUCACAGCUAUUCUCUCAAUAAUCAUCGAUUUGGGCAUCGAAUACCUCACUCAUUGUAUAGUUUUUAUUUUCCCUUUUUCUCUGCUUAAAACCUAGUCUUUGGGUUUUUUUUAAUUUAGAAACUAUAAAAAGGCGUAAUUUUGCUCAACUCUUAGUAGAAAUUUUAGGAGGAAAAGCUCCAAGAAAGCUCCUCCGCUAAACAACUACUUGAAAAAUGUAGUGUGUCAUAAAAUCCCAUGCAAAAUAAUGGUCCCCGCGAACAAGCAAACUACAGCAAUACCUCGGCUUCACUCUAGAAUAAAUCUAAUCUUUCGAAUAUUCCAAAAAUACUUUUCAUUAGUAGUUCAUUCAAACUAUUCCCCGAAGCUAGAGCCUUUUUUAUUUGCCACGAGUUUCAAUGUUUUCAGACAGGAUUGAACUUUUCCAUUGGGCCAAACACCAAAGUAUAUAUAGCGGCUUCGUGAUGUGGCUCUCGUACAUCACGGGUCUGGUGUGGCUCGCGGCUGUUGUCUGCUACGUCUUCGGCAAACAGGCCGUCGGUUCGUCUUUUGUCAGCAUGUUUUUGUACUUGCAAAGGAUAAUCGGAAGAAAAUAACAGCUUUAAUGAAGUCUUCCAUCUCUGAUACGAAUUGUCAUGAAAUCGACCAAUAGUUGAAACCCUAUGACCCUGCAAGUGAAAUUUGUAAUUUUUAUAGCGUCUUUUUUUCAGGAUCUGGUAUUCCGGAAGUAAAAGUUAUCAUUCACGGGUUCACGAUGAAAAAUUAUCUGUCAUUGAAAACACUGAUCGCCAAGAUGGUCGGCCUGACUUUCACAAUAGGAUCGGGCCUGCCGGUCGGCAAAGAAGUAAGUCGGUUCUUUGACAAGACUGAGUCAAUAAAAAGUACUGUUUUGAUUUUUUUAGGCCUGCAAAUUGUCUGUUUGCACUUUCUGAGUGGCUUUUUAUAUCAGGGUUAUAUUUCGCGGUUUUUAAGAAAUUUCCUUUUUAAACAAAUUUCGUUCCUGUCGGAGUACUUUUAAAUUUCUCGAUUUCUUCCAAAUUGGACACUUUAGGGACCUUUUGUGCACAUUGGCGCGAUCGUCGCCUCCCUUCUAAACAAAGCGACAUCAGCUUGUCAGUACAAUGCGUUUUUUUCCAACGAAGGCAGGACUAUGGAAAUGCUUAGCAUCGGUUGUGCCGUUGGUAUUGCUUGCACCUUCUCGGCUCCAAUGGGAGGUUUGUCCAUCGUACCUUUUGUGAAAAUGCUGCUUUUUAUAUGAGAAACUUGAAUGUUAGAUGUUAAAUUCGAGUAGUUGAGCCCAAGGAUUAAAUAAAAAAUUUUCGAAUUCGGCCGCGUGAAUCUGUAUUCUCUAGGAAAAAAAGACUUUCGAAAUAUUAAUAAGUUUUUUUAAGUGGAAUUUUUCCCACAAGGGAAAAAGAUUGAAGUUUUGUAAUUUUUUUAAAAACCAUGUUUCAAAAAUAUUUGAAGGUUCAGGCGAAAAUCUGUAAUCACGAUUUGCGCACGAGUUUAGGUCUGGAGAUUAAAAAUGUCGAAUAUUCACAGUCGUCGCGAAAGUUUUCACAUUCGAUCAUCCAGAAACUUUUGAAUUUCAAAUUUUCAAAACUGGACUUUUUCCAAAGAUAAAGACGCUCCGUGAGCUUCUUAAACAGUGUCUCAGAAAUUUUUUGAGCAAAAUUAGAAAAUUUUCUGUUUAGCGAACGUUUUUUAUUUUUUUUUAAUUUCUCGAAAAACAUCUGCUUUUCGAGUUAAGCCGCUUCAAAACCUUGUAAUAGCGUUUUUUGUCAUAUUUUGCGUAUUUUGCAAAAUUUGAAACUUCAUAAAUAAAGAUCUAUUGCGAUAAAUUAUUUUGUUCUGGAGUCAGGAAGAGUUAAAGUACACUUUGGAGAAGUUACAAUAAAAGUACAACCGAGGGCAAAAAACGUUUCCUAGUAAUCUCGCUUUUAAUAAACCUUAACGAACAUCAAACCUUCCAGCCGUACUCUACGGUAUCGAGUCGACAUCCAAAUACUUUGCUGUGAAGAACUACUGGCGAUCCUUUUUCGCUACCACCUGCUCGGCGAUGAUCUUCCGAUUUGCUAUCGCCUUCAUUGUUCCACAGCAUUUUGCCGGAACCAUCACUGCCUAUUAUCAGACUAAUUUCCCCAACGAGGUGUUCGUUGUCGAAGAGCUGCCAUUCUUCAUUUUGCUUGGGUUUUUUUUUUCAUCCACAAUACCCUUGAUUUCAUCCUUGUUACUUUAGAACGGCGACAGGACUGCUUGGCGCCCUCUUCAUCUGGUACCAUCGUCGGAUCUCUCUCUUCAAGAAGCGCAACCGUGUCUUCAAGGCUAUGUUCGGCAAGAGGUAGUUUUCUUUCCCAUUUUUAAACAUUUCUUCAUGAUUUCUAGAAGAGCAGUGAGAAGUUUCAUUUGCCAUCUUCGAUUAAAUGUAAACUUGCGAAGCCAGAUAGCAAAGUGAAAUUCACGCGUUUUUGUUUGAACUCACUCGUUUUUGAAAGGUUUUUUAAAGCUAGAGUUCGGUAAAUCUGAGAAUAACUAUGAAAGCUCGCAUUUUCUCGAAAGAUUUUCGUUACGCCUAACACUCAAAAUGGUUGAAGUGCGUGGAAGAAGGCGUGGUCUAUGUUGUGUAAUUCUACGCGCUUUAUUGAGAAAUCGUUUCGUCCAUCACAAUUCUAAUCACACAUGCCUUUAUAAACCCUAGCAAAGUAUUGGAAUUUCGUAAAACUAGAGAAAAAGACCGAAAACAACUCAAAAUCUAAAAAUAGCCGCUAGAACUUAUCAGUCUCGAUGCGGUAUCAUUUCCGAAGUGGACGGGAAAGGAAUUCUAAAGAUAGGUCAAAGGCGGCGUAAUAAAAUCAUAAGAUCGUGCCAUUUAUCAAGGUAUUCAAUUUUUAGACAUCGUUUUUAUUGAUUUGUAGCGCGUCUUGAACUGCUACAAAAGAAUGAUUUGGAGUAAUGCUUUCUUUCACAAUCAAAAAAAAAUAGAAAGAUUGAUAGGCACAUUUAAGAGAACUGUUGCAAAAAUAUAAAGUUAUUUCAUUGGAUGUAGAGAAUACUACAAGAAACCAACAAAUAACUGUUUUUUGCUGUUUUACAGCCCCCUCGUUUUCACCACACUGAUUGCUGCAUUGUUCGCGAUCCUCAGUUAUCCGGAUGGCUUGGGGAUGUACAUUGCAGGAAAGGUUGGGAGAAACUUUAUCCAGGAAGAAAAAAAAAGUUCUAGAUGACAUUCCGUGAAACGUUGGUCGAUUUUCUCUCCAAUUGCACCUUCUCCUUGUCCAAUAUUUCCUCGAAUGGCUGUCCACAAGAGCUGAUCGCCCACUGGACGUCUUCCCAUCUCGGCGCCGACUUCCAUCCUCUGUACACUCUGACUGCUUACUUUUGCGUCUAUGUGAGAUGCUUUUUCCUUUGCUUUCCAAUAAGCAUAGCUGAGAAGAGAAUCAAAUUGAUUCGAUGGAACGAGAGAAUUUGUAUAUUUUUAUUACUCACGCAAACAUGUACAGAGUACAAUGUAUUUACGUAAAGCGGUAGUACCCUAUAAUCAAGUGUCCUAAAGAGCGUUUUUACCGGGAGAAGUAAAUUAGGCAAAGGUUAGGGAUAUUUUUGUUUCAGUUUCUCAGACUCAUAGUCCUUCCCAGAAAAUUCAACUUCUAAUGAACUCUUUUCAUUACUGAUUUUGACAUAACCGCCAUCGUGUCGAAAAUUUCUCUUACAGUUCCUUCUGAUCCCGAUUUGCAUCACUUUGUUCAUCCCUACCGGAGUUUUCGUUCCAUGCUUCGUUCUCGGAGCCUGCGGAGGCCGGAUCGUCGGCGAGAUUUUGUCGAUGUGGUGGCCUGAGGGCCUACGUGGUCUCGGACAUCCGCAAAUCUAUCCUGGACUUUAUGCGGUCGUUGGUUUCUAGGGAGUCGGGAAACUGAUGGUUCAGUGACGAUUUCAGGCGCUGCCUCAUUCACUGGCUCCGUCACCCAUUCUCUGUCGAUUGCUCUCAUCGUCUGCGAAACGACGGGACAGCUGUGUGCUCUGCUCCCUGUUUUGGUGAGAUCAUUGAAGAAACAAGUAGAAAGUCGCUUGAAUCUUUGCUUCUUCAUUGGGUACAUCGAAAAGUUUUCUUUUGCUCCUGCUCACAAAAAUCUAAACCUAAAUGAAGAUGAUUUCUCUUGACAGGAAGUUCCAUAUCUUGUGACCUUGUUUUGCCUUUUACAGAUUGCCCUGAUGGUCUCAAACGCCAUUUGCGCUUUCAUGCAGCCGUCAAUCUACGAAAGUAUCAUCAAAAUCAACAACCUGCCUUAUCUCGCGGAUCUUCCGCCUAGUCGUAUGAGGUUUCCAAUUCUGGUCUAUGUUCAAAAAUCGAGUGAGCUGUCAGUGUGCACACGAUGAAAGUCGAAAGAAUCAUGGUGAAGGACCUGGUGUUCAUCACGCGAGAAACGACGUAUCGCGAACUCCGAGAGAUUCUGCUCGAAUCGCCUGGCCUCCGAUCGUAUCCCUUCGUCACGGACAAAAGUCGGCACCUUUCAUCGGUCGCCUGUCAACAACAAACAUUUCAGAAUCUAUGACGUUACUCGGAAGCGUCGGAAGGAAGUAUCUCGUUUACUUGGUGCAGCGAAAGCUGGGUCCUGAGCCGGAGUUUGUCAGCCAUCGCCGAAGGUUUGAAGCUGAUCAUCAACAUAUUCAAAGAUCAAUAUCAUCAUUUGACCUGCAACGUUGUUUUUGCAGCUAUAGAAACAUGAGAAAACGGGUUUUUUUUUCUGAAAUCGCUUUAUUUCUGAAUUUUUCGAUUUUCAAAUAUUUGAAAACCGCCUGUUAUUUUUUCAGUUUAAUGGUCAGAAAAGCGAAACGUAAAAUAAAAUUUGAUGGGCUAGCCGACUAUGAUUAAAUAAGAACUGAUUUUAUGAAAAAGGCUUCAAACGUUUUACGAAUAAAUGACCGUUUGGGGUUUAAGUUUCAGACAAACCUUGAAGAGUUCAGCCGCGUGAGUGAAAAUCGUGUUGUGAUCCGAAAACCCCUCUAUGUACUUCUCUAUCAAUCCUUUCACUAGUCUCAGCCCAUCUUUUAUAGUCAAUUUUUUCCAACUCAGAAGACGAGAUGAGUAGAUUGGCAAGGGUGACUUGUUGUGUGUGAACGCAGCUUUUUGUGUUAACAGCUGGAGGUCAAGUGCAAUCACGAAGAAAGAGCAAAACGAAUUUUCUUUUACAUUUUUUUGAUUUUUUUCGUUCGUUCAACUGAACUUUUUUUCACAACCAUUAAAAGUUAAAAAAAUUAUCGAUUUUUUUGCUUUUUUUCGAUUUUCGCAUUAUCGCUUUUUUUGUUUUGCGAAGGAUUGGCUAUAUAUUGCAAUUUAUGCAGAGGAAAAAUUCGUUGAUUGGAGGCUCCCGACUGGAACACAUUUUUUGAAUCGUCAUUAGAUUUCCACCCUUCUAUUGAAAUUAACAUACAAUUAAGAUUUUUUCAUUUACUAUAAUGAUUCGCAGUAUACUGAAACAGGCGGAAGAAAUGAAUAAAAAUCUCACUUUGAAUACAAUUUUUUCUAUUAAUCUUGUUUUUGAAAUUUUCCAGGUGUGUUCUAUGUAUGACUUCCUUUUUUUCCAAAAGCUCUUUUUCAUUUUUUUUUUUUUUAAAUAAGUUGAUUGUAAUUUUAAAUUACACGAGAUCUUCAAAAAGUGGAAAAACAAUAACAAUUCUAUUUUUGCAUUCACUAAAUCCACAAAUUUCGGCUCUUUAAUCACCGCGCCCCCUAUUGCAUUGAGCCAAUAAGACACGCUUUUUUGAACAACGUGCAAUUCAAUUUCGUUUCAGAAGUCGCACAGCUUCGGAGAUCUUCAGCACGAUCCAAAACUUUGGGUGAGCGCAGACGCAAAUUGUUUUUCCAAAUCUCUAUUGAAGAAUCAGCCGCGGUUCGGCUCCUGGAUCCCUUCCGCACAACAACAGCUUCCCGACCCAACUGCUCACCGAUAGAAACAUUUCUGGUAACACGCUCCUGCCGCAAUCGCCGCUGCAUGACGAUCAGGUAGUGGGAAAAGAAUCAAGUUUUUAACAAACAUAACCUCUAAUUUCAGGGAGAUCGAAGUCCGCUGGCGCCUCUGCUCUAUAGCCAAACAGAACAGUCCGAGCCUAUCGUGGUGCGUUUGAAUGGAGAAGUUCAAAAAGGAACUUCCUUUAUUGCUGUCGCAUAUGGAAACACUAACUCUAUUUGUGAAUAGAACGAAAGAUAGACAAUUUUUGAUUCCUGAUUCUUUCGGAAUAUCAGAAAAAAGCCUCAGAUUCUACAAUUGGCAGCAGAAAAGUUGAAUAGAAAGUUCUUAACGCAAAAUCACAAAGGGAUAAUUUGAGGAAAAUUCGUUAAAAGAGAGAGAAACUUUUGGAGAACACUGAUCCCAAAACAAAAAGAUUUUUUUAUGCCUUUGCCUCAGAGCCGCCAAAACCACUUUUUUCCCCACUGCGAUAUAAAAAUUUUGAGAUUAUAUCUCAAAGGGAAAAAAAGCGUUGUUUUUUAUUGGAAAUAAUGUGGGCCAGAACACCUCUGUAAAAUUUCAUCGAACUCAUAAAUAAUAUCUUUCGAAAAUUUUCUGGAGAGAAUAAUUUUUGUAGCAUUCCUUGGCAAAAAGAGCAGAAAUCCUGUCUUCAAAGCUGGACCUCGACGAUUUGGCCAUUGACCCUGCACCUUUCCAGCUUGUUCGUGGCACUUCUCUCUACAAGGUGAGAGUUUGAUCUUUUUCCUUCUCUUUCUCAUCAGAAAGGAAUCCCUGCAGGUCCACACAUUGUUCUCUCUGCUUGCUCUCAACCACGCUUACGUGACUGAAAAAGGAAGACUCGUUGGUGUCGUCGCCGUCAAGGAGGUCUAACCCAUUGAAUUUUCCCCUUUAGACGUUUUGUUGGGUUCAGCUCCGAGAAGCCUUCUCACACAUCUACAGUCGCGGUGCAAUCAUUCCGACGCAGCGGACGCGAACCUCAACUUUCCGCAUCAACAACGAAGACCAACGUGAGCUGCAACUUUUUUUUUUCUGCCUCCAUUUGAGAUUUCACUCCUGUUUUUGAAAUAUGGGUUUGCAUUUUUACUUGAUGGUCAUUUCCAGAGUCUGAAGACGUAGACGGCGGACCGAGAAUCAUAAUUCGACCGCGAAAUGGAACCAAUGAAAGUAUGAACCCUCUACCACAGCCGCCACCGACAGACUCGAGCUCGUAUUAA